UAUCUUAGAAGACCCGCUGCACAUAACAAAGAAUACCGUCUUGACCAUUUAUUAAAGAAAAAGGCACAUGAAGGUGUCAAGAUUUAUGUUGUUUUGCACGAUGAGGUCACGGCCCUUAUGUAUUUGAACUCUAGACAUGCUGAACUGUUUAGACAUGCUGAAAAUGGUUUUUUUGCAAAUGUCGAAUGGGGAUUUCAUGCUCUUUGGAAUAGUAUUUUUCCGAAUGCUGAAUCUAUUAGACAUCCAGAUAAAGAUCCUGUCGCAUAUUGGACUCAUCACGAGAAAAUAAUAGUCAUCGAUAGAAGUACGGCUUUCAUCGGUGGAUUAGAUCUGUGCUUUGGUCGGUAUGACACACAUGCUCACAAAUUAGCAGAUUUUCCGAAAUUCGCAAAUUUUUCUGAAGUUUGGCCUGGUCAAGAUUAUAAUAAUGUCAGGAUUAAAGACUUUGUCGAAG